AUGGAAAAGUUUGUGCUGCCUCAGCUCUUAACACAGGAGUUCUUUGCGGCUGAAGGCUUUGACAUAGUUUACAGGACACUCUUCACCCCUCAACCCCCGCGACCCCUCAUCUCGGAGGAGACUUAUCGGGCACAAGUCAUACCCUUCAUGAUCAAACUCUGGACUUAUCGACAGGCAGACAUCCGUAUGACAUUGUUCCGUCUUUUUGAGGUGUAUCUCAAAGCUGUUGUUCUUGGCGAAGGAGGAUCUGAGGUCCUUGGACAAGUCAUUUUGCCAGAGAUUUUGGCAGGACUUCAGGAUGCUGACCCAAAGGUGUACUUGGCUUCGCUGUCUGGACUUGCGACUGCUAUCCCAUACUCCCUUCUUGUCACAACUCUCUCUGAUGCCGACUCGACGAAGCAAAAGUUCUCAGUCAAGGCUCUGUACGAACAGACUCUCAUCCCUCAAAUUAUGGCGUUCUGGAUUGCAGAGGACAGCACUCAAGAGGCCAGGAUGCAGUUAGUGGAGGUUGUUAUGGGCAUGUGGUGCUCAAUCUAUACCCUUGGUUUGCACAACCAUGCUGCUGUUAAGGACAUGAGCUCGACCCUUACCUUGACAUUGGUUUCUGUGCUCAAACUGUCACCCGUUCCCGAACGUCUGGAACUCAUUUCCAAUUCCUUCACCAAACAUUGCACCAACGGAGCUUUCUGCAUCAGCGGAUUGCUCAAAUUUUUACCCCAGUUCUUGUUGGAUGAGGAUCUCCAGAUUCGGGAGGCUGCUGCCAGGGCCAUCUCGACAAUUGCCCACCAGACCACAACAUUGGUUCAGCCAACAGAUAACGCAGGAGAGCAGCAACAGACAUCAACAGGAGCUGAGGCGAAUGGUGCAAACCAGGACUCGGACGCCAGUUCAACUGCUUCCACUCCAUCCGCAUCACCAUCAGCCAUCCAUAUCUCGCGUAUUCGCCAGUACUGCGAGAAGCAACAGAUGCUCUUGCCAGCCAGGAGACCGAUCUUCUCGAGGUCAGCAUUGGGAAGCGACAGGAGCAUUUCUGCAAGCAGCUCAGUGCGUGGAUUGAACGGACUCGAUAUGAGAGGAAGCGGAUCAAAUGCUGACUUGCUCUCGAGCAGACGUUCGUCUAUGGUGUCCCAGGACUCGUUCAUGUUCUCUGAGCAGAGCCCUCUCAAGACGCCCUCCUUGACACGGACAGGAUCGUUCUCGGUUGAGCAGCCCAUUAGCAGAGACGCUUCUUUUGGGCCCCCAUUGUCAGAUUCGACCGCCAAGCUCGCACCAGCCCAAUCGGCAGCAGCACCCUUGCCUGUGGAACCUGCUUAUGUCGAGCCUGCCCGAAUCAACAACAGUCGACUUGAUAUCGAUAUUCAGGACACUCAGGAUGAAGUCGAGGAGGAGGACACACAGGCGUCUGACGAACUGGAGUUGAUGAAGGCACUUGAGGCAGCUAAGGAGGAGAUGAGGCUGCGUCAGCUCCCUGUUGAAACUCCUGCAUCCAAGAAACCCAGCAACUCUCUUCAUAGCUCAGAUUUGAAGCCAACUUCAAUCAAGGUGGCGGCAGCGUUUGACUGGGACAACACUGGUGACGACGAAGCCGAUGACUGGGAGGCAGAUGAUCUCUCCACUCUGAACGACACAUCGAACCGAUCUCCCUCGUCGACUUUGGAGCAACCAGUGGAAGAUGAGGCGACCCGCUUGAAGCGUGAGCAGGCUCAAGCAGAAAAGCAUGAGCAACUCCGGUUGAAGCGUGACCAGAAGCAGCAGGAAAUGCAGGCCAAGCGGGAUGCUCGCCGUCAGCAGAUGGCUGAGAAGCAGCAGGAGAGGAAGGCGUCGUCGUCUAAUGGACUCAAGUUGGGUGCUGCCAAGGCGGCUGUUGUGACAACACCUGUCGCAGCGAGACCUUUGCCAUCAGGAUCUGUGUCGGCAUCCUCGGCAACCGUUGGCGCACCUACAGCGAGCGCACCAUCUUCGACUGGCUCCUCUGCGAAACCGACAUCGAGCAGGAGUAUUAGCCAGCUGCCUCGGGAAUCAAUUGACGAGAACGAUGGGUGGGGUGAUGAUGUUGAUCUGGAUUUGGGAGAUCUUCAGGAACAGGCUGGUACUGUCUCAAAGGAGGAUGACGAGCUCUUCAAGGAUCUGGAGGUGACGUACAAGAAGCCUGCCUAUGUUGGCGCCACUACUCCUCUUCAAGGAUCAGGGUCAAUAGGCAUAUCUGGAUCGACUGCUUCAAUGUCGUCCUCUUCCAACUCUUCCUCCAUCACACUCGCCAAUUCUGUCGGCACUGUCUCGACCACCACAACAAAGACAGUUCUCAGUAGUCCCACUUCGACCUUCCACAGCAAGACGACUACCACGAAGACGACGACACCAACAAGCACGACGACACUGUUCUCGCUGAAGCCGUCAUCGUCACCAGGUUCUCCCAGCCGCGGAUCUAGCCCGGAAUCGACACCCAAGGGUGUCGCGUCUCCUCUUUUGAGCGCGGCCAGCCCUAUCGGCGUGAACGGCCAUGGCUACGGGAACGGGAACGGUGUUGCAGCAGGACAUACUGCCAAGUCGUUGGACAUGACCACUUCUUCUACCUCUAUCUCUGCUGCUGCUGUUGUUGUCCCUGAGCCUGUGAAGCCAGUUUCCUCGUCGUCGUCACUGGCAUUGCAGGUUGAUGAGAGUGCGUUAGAGGGGGAUGGAUGGGGUGAUGAUUGGGAUUAG